AUGACCUGCCAUAAAAAUUAUAGAAGGCAACAAAUAAGAAGUAAAGUAUUAAGAGUUAUAUUUGAAAUCUCCAACGAAUUCUACUGUUUUAAGCUAUCAAAUGAGCGAGAAAUUGUCGAUUUGGCUCAUCCAGUGGGUAGAAUGUUGUUCAAUUCUAUGGAUGCGUUCUUUUCUUACGGGUUAUUACUUGGAGAAAGAGUAUAUUGGCGAUUUGUGAGAGAGUUCCUUCCGAAAACACAGCAAGAACUGUUACGUGCCGAAUGGGGAGACGUCGACAAUCGUCGACUAUCAAUCGCGUGGCUCAAAGAUGCGUUCAACAAAAGCACACUCCAUUUUCAGAUGCUUUCCUUUAGGAAUAAUCGGAACGUUAUUUCGCGGUUCUACCAUCGGAAUGCGUGCAUGUGUAAUGGUGGCAUGUUAGAAGCGGUUACUGAGAUGAUCGGCAGUUUAACGAAUGUACAGUUUGCAUUUUAUGUGAGUUACCAAACUCUGAUUUCAUUGUUAGUAGAUUUUUAUAGAACACCUUUUAAAUCUUCAUGUUGCAUUGUCACUACGUAUUCUGUUUAUAUAUGUAGUGAAGUUAUGAUUUUCUGGAGUGUGAUUUUCGGCAAAUUGUUAUCAGACUUGUCUGGGAGGAUAGCGGCACUGGCCUCAUAUAUCGGUACACCCCGAGUAACUGUAAAGGCCAGAUAUGCAUUAAAUCGCUUCCAGCAAUGCUUAAUGAAGUCGAAUGUAUGGCGCAUCCCUCAUGGUUUGAUCAACACCAAGAUCUUUAUCCUUUAUACAGAUGAAUCUUGA